AUGUGUCCACAGAUAUUCUUCAUAGCAGAACACUCCAGUAACAAAAUUUAUAAAAAUUAACAAUAAAGAGUAAUUGUAAUUCUACUAUGCGUAUAAAUAAAAAUAAAUAAUUUAUCCUUGGAUUUAAUACCAGCUGACGUAUUCUUCGCAGAAGCCUGCAGUAAAUAUUUAACUCUGAUAUUGUUCAUCGUUGAGCUGAUUUUAUUUGCUUUAACUAUAAUUAGUGCUUGUACAAACAUUCUACUUAAUCUUUCUUUCAAAUUAAUAAUUACAAAUCAUGUAAGUCAAGUAAAUUAAAGUUUAUAGAAAAAUGGCCAAGUUAGCAUUUUACAAGCUCUUCAUUUUCUUUUUGGUAAUCAUUAUCUGAAGUAAAAAUUAUAAUACGAUAUGCAGCAAAUCAGACGAAAUUAAAAUGUUUAUUUUUUUAAAUAGUAAAUGCCGUAUCAAGUUGAAUAAACUAACAAUAAAAAACAGGAAAGUUAAAUGUUUAACUAAUUAAUUAUGCAUUUCCACCCUAAGCUUAUCUCCUAAUUUGUUUUCAAUUUCGCUGAAGCCCUAAUCAGGUUUCGCUCUCUCAUCAUUGCUAUUCAUUGA